AUGGAUGAGACUAAACUAACUUAUCGUCCCAUGAAGAUUACUGACAUCUUCAAAUUUAAUCGAGUUAAUCUUGAUCAUUUUACUGAGACUUACAAUGUCAGCUAUUAUGGUGACUACUUAUCUAUCUGGCCAGAACUCUGUGUAAUAUGUGAAGCUCCUGAUCAAUCGAUUGUUGGGUACCUUAUAGCUAAAGUAGAAGGUGAAGACAAACAAUGGCAUGGACAUGUCACUGCACUUUCAGUUGCUCCUGAAUAUCGUCGAUAUGGAAUUGCUAGAAAAUUGAUGAAUUACUUAGAAGAAGUGAGUACGUAUUUGGGAUGUAACUUUGUAGAUCUUUAUGUUCGUCCUUCAAAUACAGCUGCUGUAAGUUUUUAUAGAAAACUUGGUUAUAUUAUUCAUAAACAAGUUACCAACUAUUAUACUGAUGAAGAUGGUUAUGACAUGAGAAAACCAAUUUUAAUGUGGGAUAAAGAUCUAUCUAGUGUUGUUGAAUCUAAGGAAGUCUGGAAGCCUAGUUCUUAG